CAACAGCACCGAUCAGCCUGCGCCGUACCUGCAUAACUGAUUAUGAGCAGCUAGUGUCCUUGCAGAUUUUUAAACAAAUACGUGUUACACCUUAUUUGUUAGUUUGGAAGCAAGCUGAUGUUGUGAGCAAAGUCACAUUGCAUUCAUUUGUCAAAAGGUUUUAUCUGCUCAAAUAAAAGAAUGCCAAGGAACCCAAGGAAGAAGGUUGGGCGGAAGAAAGGUUAUCGCAGAUUUAUUGGCAGGAAGGGAAAGGACCAUUCAUUCUAUAAUAGAAAGAAAGGAAUGAUAGAACAUCCUACCAAUGAUAACGAUUCUUCCCAAGUUGAAACAAUGAAACAAGCCCAGGAGUCAGUUUCCCUGAAAGAUGAUUCUCUGGUAUUUCACGGCUUUGGAGAUAUGGAAGACCACAAGAAACCAGCCAGGGUUCUUUCUCUCUUUGAUUAUGGCAUAAGUGUGGGCCGUUACUGUCUUGAUAAGCUAAAAAUUGCUGUGCAGUGUUAUUACUCAUCGGAGAUAGAUGAGAAAGCCCUAAAAUUGCAGCGUUACAAUUUUGGUGACAAAGUUAUUCCUUUAGGCUGCAUAAAAAAUAUAACGUCAGACAUGCUAAGGUCCCUUGGAAAUAUUGACAUUUUACUUGCUGCCCCACCAUGUCAGGGUUUUUCUCCGGCCAAUGCAAAACGUCUUGGCUUACCAGGUGAAAAUGGAAAACUAUUCAAAGAAUUGACUAGGAUUUUGAAAGACCUUCAGAAAAUUAAUGAAGAAAACAAUACUAAAUUAUACUUUUUAUGUGAAAAUGUUCGAUCAAUGGAAAAGGAAGUGAGAGCUGAAAUAACAAGGUCAAUUGGGUGCGAGCCCUUUGUGCACAAUGCUAAAAAAUAUGGCUAUAUGAAACGGGCAAGGCUAUUCUGGAACAACUUUCCUCAAAUUGAAGAUGAAGAAAACAAUUCAAAUGAAGGUGGUCAUUUAGGGGAUAUUUUGUCUUGUAACAGAACAGCAAAUGUGAUGAUCCUGCCCACCUUAACCACAACAUACCAGUCACAAAUUACAGGAAAGAAGGAUAGGAAGCUGCCAGUACUUGAUGAUGGAAAGGAAUCGGUCUUGCUAACAGUAGAAAAAGAGAGAGCAUUUGGUUUGCCAACAUCUUUUACCGAUGGAGCUGACCUAAGUAUUGGAGAUAGAAGUAAGCUUUUAGGACAGGCUUGGUGUGCCAAUAGUAUGUUAGAGAUUAUGAAACCACUAACGAAAGUGUUUAAAACAUAUGAUUAGAACUAAACCAAGGCAUAUAGAAUAAAAAGUCACAUAACAAAAUUACUUUUAGAAAUGUGUGAGAACCGUUUCAUAGCCUUCUAUGCUUCUUUUCCGCUUCACCUUAAAAUUCUCAUAAGGCUCGGCUCUCUCUCCCCCCUCCUCUCAACUUCCCCUCCAAGCAGCUCUGGGAUCAUUCUGCAUCGAGCUGUGGUGUCGUGAUUUACUCCCUGCCUUCCCUACUCACAACUCUACGAACUUAGC